CCUGCCUCCGCGAAAGCAGUCCGUCGGGUCAGCAGUGAGGUUAUUCCCUAGCCCUUUCUAAACAUUUGACAAUAGUAAUCGAUUGAAAUAUACGACGGGAACCAUAUAAGACCACCGUAAGGUUUGUGGCACGUGGGGCUUUAUUUAACGUCAGCAGAACACGGUGGUAACAGCAGAGAAUGACGAACGGUUCAAAGAGGAAAGAAGAAGUUAAUCUCGCCAAUGGGGGUGUAAAGCAGUCCACGUGGGUCAAAGUCUUCAACAGUACCGCUCUAUGGGAAGAGAAGGUUGGUUUAGCUCAUCUGAUUAUAACUAUAUGGUGGUUUUUAAUGUUUAUUUGAAACUAAGUUGGAUAUUUUGCAGUUUCAAAUUGGUUCCCCUCGCCUGAUUAGCCAGACGGCUACCUAGCAUGCUAACGCGGAGCUAACCACUUCGCUUGCUGGUUGUUAACGGGAUCGGGUAUCAACCUCUCGUCAGGAACACACAAAAAGUACUUCCGGGUCUUCUUCUUCUUCAAUGAGGUAGGCAUCCAAUUUGUUGCAUUACCGCUACCUACUAGACUGGAGUACAACUCCCUUUUCUUUUCCUUGAAAAAUAAAAUAAAACAAAGCAAAGAAAUACCCUACCAUCUAACACUACACACACAAAUUCAAAACUAUUGCUAAUAAUUAACCCCACCCUUCUCCACUAUUUAAAUAUACUCACUCCUACCUCAUGCCCUCAACCUGAAAUGAUGGGACAUCACCACUUAACACUCUUUGUAACUCUUCUGCUGUCAAGUCUCGCACACCCAAAUAUCUCUCUGCAGCUGCAGCUGCCACCACAACCUCAGUUUUCUUUGACUUACGUUCCAUCCCUGCAGUACAAUUAAUAACCAUUGCUAUAAACACUAAAAAUCCAAUCUUACUGAAACAUAUAUAACUUGCUUGCCUAUCCCACUGUACUGGUACCUAUCUCCUACUCUCACCACUCCCCCCCCUUGACCGCUCUUCCUCUACUUUCUUCACCGCCUCCGCAUAUGACAAUUUCUUCUCUACUCUUACCCUGGAAACCCCAACCUGCUUCUCUCGCACUGGACAUGUCUGAUCCCUAGCUCCAUGGCCACCCCUACAAUUAGCACAUACCACCACUUUCCCCACUGCUUCACACUCCUUUGUCUCAUGCCCUUCUGCACACUUCUCACACCUUGGAAUCUCCCUCCUACAUACUGCUGCCACAUGCCCAUAAGUUUGACACCUGUAAUAUCGUAAUGUACUCGGCACAUAAGCUCGCACAGGAUAACUUAUAUGUCCUAAUUUCACUUUGUCAGGCAAAGACUCAACUUCAAAACUCAAAAGAACAGACAAUGACUCUUCUGUUUCCCCACUCUCGCCACCCUGUUUGCGUCGCACCAAACGACGAGCAUCACACACACCGGGAAUCUUCUCCUUCAGUUGAUCCACUUUUACAUUUACUGCUACCCCAGUAAUCACUCCUUUCAAUGGCGCCCUUUUCUUGAGAGCGAAACAAUUCACAAUUCUUUCCUCCAUUUGUUUAACUCUGAGCGCCUUCUCCCUCUGCCCAACAGAAACAUAAAUAAUUAUCACUAGACCACUUCUGGUUACCCUCACCGAUUCCACUAUACCCAACGCUUUUUUCACCCUUGUUGAAACCACAAAUGGAUCAGCCAAAAGGCAAGGAUCCAGUUUUUCCACAAACUUCACUCCUACUGUCACAGACUCAUCUUUAUCCUUACCCUCUGUGCAAGCUUCUGGCUCCGAGCACUUCACCACACCUACCACCUCCGAUACUUCACCCUCAUUCACUUCCAUUUCUCCUCCUGUCUUCAGCUCACUUUGCUUACAUUUCCUACCACUCUUCUUUAACAAACCUUCUCCCUUUUUCCCGCCAUUUUUUUCAGACUCAAACUCAGUCUUCCUCCCUCUCUCUCUUAGACCUCCUCUGCCUCUCUUUUCCCUCCAUUCAUCCAAGUAUACGUCUCCUUAUGCAUUUCUCCUAACCACCAUCGGUUUCUUGCCUUCUCAAAGGACUCCAUUUUCCCCGUCCUUUCCCUUCCGGCGUCUAUUCUAUCCUCUGGACUUGUGUCGACAUCUUGGCCUGCGUCUUCCAUCGCCCCUUCCACGUGAGCAUACGCCGAUUUCCCAAAAAAACCUACCGAGGGGCACUGUUUUGCUCACUCGGAUGCUUUCUCCUGUGAGACACAUCAUCGUACUUCCGGGUCACGGAAUUUCGGCUAUUAUCAAAAGAAGUCCCCCACGUAAAAGUACAAAAGUGUCAAUAACCUCUAUUUAUUCAUGAUAUGAAAAAUAAUUUUCUAAACAUGAACAAUGAUUCAUGUUUGUUCAUAUUUAAGUGACAUUUGCAUUAAGUUUGAGUUUUGAAACGUUCCAAGGUCAAAUUCCCCCAAUGCAAAUCACUGUAAAUGAAAUAAUUUACAUAUUGGUUUAUAGAGCAAAAACUAUUCUAGAUGCUGCAGUAAAAGUAUUGUAGGGAAUAGUCAGUAGGGUCUGUAGUAUGUAUAUAUGCUGUUAUUUCAUGGGCCACUGAAUUAUAUGGGGUGUUGCUGUCCUUUAACUCAAAUUCCAUUGACCACAAUGCAAAUCACUGUAUAUGGAUUACAGUCACUUUGCUACCAGUCACUUUCUCCUCCUCCACUGCCUACAUGUACAUAUCUACCUUAACCACUCCAGUAUCCCUGCACAUUGUACAUUUGGUACUGGCACAGACCCUGUAAAUAGCUUACUUUCUUUCUCGUGUGUAAAAGAAAAAAAAUCUACUUUACAAUAUUUGAUAUUGAAUACUGCAUUGUUGGGAAAGAUCUAGCAAAUAAGCAUUUCACUGUACUUGUACAUGUGACAAUAACACUUGAAACUUAUUUGAAACUUCUGUGUAACUGUUGAUGAUCAAUUUGAUGAAUUACCUUCAUUGUGAUAUUUGUUAUGAAUAAAGUAUGCUUUUUUUGACCAAAUGUACUUGCAUCUCUCUUGACUUUUUCAAUAAACAUAUUGUAUGUUGUAUUUUUUACAAAGUGUCCACCAAAAGGAAGAUUAUAUAAUAUUUGUAUUUUACAUGAUAAGGUAUUUUGCUAUGACAAUAUAUGCGUCCUAUGACACUGUACUAUAUUGAACCGUAUAGUGUCCAGUCACCCUGUUUUAAGCUGUUCGACCACAGUAAAAGUCCAGCAACCCUUCCUAUGACUUAGCUUUUUGUUAAAACUCAACCUACUGAGUCAUUUCCACCCCAUUUUAGCUGAGACGGGUAGUAGACAGUCCAAUUCAGUGUAUUGCAUUGGGGGCUAUGGGGGGGGGGGGCGGAGUAAAAAGCCAGAAACAGUCCGUACGAAACAAUCCCUCUCCAAAACGAAACAUAUUUGGUUAGUAGAGUCCCUAAUGAGUCUUUUCUACCUCACCUUAGCUGAAACAGGUAGCACACCUUUUCCUCUACAGUCAAAUAUGUAUUCCAUAUACAGUGUACUGCAUUGUUCUGUUGCAUGGGUAAAUUGUCACAAACUCUGAAUGACCAAAUAAUUAGUAUUUAUUAGCAACAGUACGACAAAUGCUGGGCACAGCACAUAGCGUUAUGGUUUCACAGAACUAGGAUAAGGCACGAGGCUAUAAGCCACUAGGCUAUAUAAUCAUCCAGGAAUACAUCUCAAGCGAACUGGAAAUACAUUAAAACCGUGAUAGGAUCUGUAAGAACCAAUAAACACUUUUAAGCAUCAGCCAUAUACAUAACAUACAGUGGGCAAAAAAAGUAUUUAGUCAGCCACCAAUUGUGCAAGUUCUCCCACUUAAAAAGAUGAGAGAGGCCUGUAAUUUUCAUCAUAGGUACACGUCAACUAUGACAGACAAAUUGAGGAAAUUUUUUCCAGAAAAUCAAAUUGUAGGAUUUUUUAUGAAUUUAUUUGCAAAUUAUGGUGGAAAAUAAGUAUUUGGUCACCUACAAACAAGCAAGAUUUCUGGCUCUCACAGACCUGUAACUUCUUCUUUAAGAGGCUCCUCUGUCCUCCACUCGUUACCUGUAUUAAUGGCACCUGUUUGAACUUGUUAUCAGUAUAAAAGACACCUGUCCACAACCUCAAACAGUCACACUCCAAACUUCACAAUUGCCAAGACCAAAGAGCUGUCAAAGGACACCAAAAACAAAAUUGUAGACCUGCACCAGGCUGGGAAGACUGAAUCUGCAAUAGGUAAGCAGCUUGGUUUGAAGAAAUCAACUGUGGGAGCAAUUAUUAGGAAAUGGAAGACAUACAAGACCACUGAUAAUCUCCCUCGAUCUGGGGCUCCACGCAAGAUCUCACCCCGUGGGGUCAAAAUGAUCACAAGAACGGUGAGCAAAAAUCCCAGAACCACACGGGGGGACCUAGUGAAUGACCUGCAGAGAGCUGGGACCAAAGUAACAAAGCCAACCAUCAGUAACACACUACGCCGCCAGGGACUCAAAUCCUGCAGUGCGAGACGUGUCCCCCUGCUUAAGCCAGUACAUGUCCAGGCCCGUCUGAAGUGCAUUUGGAUGAUCCAGAAGAGGAUUGGGAGAAUGUCAUAUGGUCAGAUGAAACCAAAAUAUAACUUUUUGGUAAAAACUCAACUCGUCAUGUUUGGAGGACAAAGAAUGCUGAGUUGCAUCCAAAGAACACCAUACCUACUGUGAAGCAUGGGGUUGGAAACAUCAUGCUUUGGGGCUGUUUUUCUGCAAAGGGACCAGGACGACUGAUCCGUGUAAAGGAAAGAAUGAAUGGGGCCAUGUAUCGUGAGAUUUUGAGUGAAACCCUCCUUCCAUCAGCAAGGGCAUUGAAGAUGAAACGUGGCUGGGUCUUUCAGCAUGACAAUGAUCCCAAACACACCGCCCGGGCAACGAAGGAGUGGCUUCGUAAGAAGCAUUUCAAGGUCCUGGAGUGGCCUAGCCAGUCUCCAGAUCUCAACCCCAUAGAAAAUCUUUGGAGGGAGUUGAAAGUCUGUGUUGCCCAGCGACAGCCCCAAAACAUCACUGCUCUAGAGGAGAUCUGCAUGGAGGAAUGGGCCAAAAUACCAGCAACAGUGUGUGAAAACCUUGUGAAGACUUACAGAAAACGUUUGACCUGUGUCAUUGCCAACAAAGGGUAUAUAACAAAGUAUUGAGAAACUUUUGUUAUUGACCAAAUACUUAUUUUCCACCAUAAUUUGCAAAUAAAUUCAUAAAAAAUCCUACAAUGUGAUUUUCAGGAAAAAAUUUUCUCAUUUUGUCUGUCAUAGUUGACGUGUACCUAUGAUGAAAAUUACAGGCCUCUCUCAUCUUUUUAAGUGGGAGAACUUGCACAAUUGGUGGCUGACUAAAUACUUUUUUUCCCCACUGUACAUCUUAAAAACAGCCAUUUCUCAAUGCGCUACACCUUAUUCUUUAUAUUAUAUAAAAUAGUAAUUAUCUUUAGUUUCGAUUUUUCCUUGAUGUAGUUAUAAUUUAGUAUCAAUUUUAACAUGCACUAUGACUAUGCAAAGCUUAAAAAAUAUAUUGAUUUCGUAUCAUACACAGCUUUUUACUGCAGACUUCUAUUUUGAAGUCAACAUAAAAAAAAAAAACGGUAGUCAAUGUUGCUGCCAGGACGCUAAUUCUACUGCAAUGAUGCUAAUGGUACGGGUAAUGUCGGGGUCAGCUAGGCUCGGGACAUGGCUGGGGGAUCUGAUUGCCCUCUCUCUCAAGUGCCAACGAUAGUUGUGACUCCUAUGAUAUUGUAUUUUCCCAAGUGUCUCAGUGUCAAGAUAAGGGUUGUGUCGUGGCCUUUGCUACAGUCAAGAUUAACGCUAAUACAUCAGACCCUUUGAUCUUUGAGUAGGCAUUAGUUUCACCCCUCCUCAGUGACUGAAUUCAAGAGUAGUCAACAGCAAGGUUAGCACAGUAGCUGUCAGCUCUCAAGCUUACCAUAUAGCUCCAGUGUUUACACUACACUCGUAGCUACGGCUACUAUCUGCAGGAGAUACAUAUAGGAUACUGUAUCAAUAUGAUUGCAUGUUAUUCAUUUGUAUGAUAUUGCUUGUUCUUGUUUGAAACAACUUAUUAAUGUUUCUCCUUUCCUUCUUCUUACUCUCCAGGAUGAGUUUUUAGAUGUGAUCUACUGGAUUCGGCAGAUCAUCGCUGUCAUCCUUGGAGUAAUAUGGGGCGUUGCACCACUAAAAGUCUUCCUUGAAGUAGCCAUGUAAGUAUCAUCUAGAAUCCAUGAUCAAAAUGCCUGCACUCUUUUUGCACUCAAUGUGGGCCUGCAGGACCAGCAGAGAACACUGGUUUGACACAUCUCUCCACGAUAUGUCCCCUUGACGCAAUAACCUAUUGCAGUGUUACUCUUCUUAUUUUACAACAACAUUUAUUUUACAACAUAAACAUAUUUUGAGUCUAGCUUCCCUCUCUUGUUCCCUUCCUGGUUGUUUCCAAACAACAGAAACGAUGCCCUAACUUCAAUGACUCCAUCUCAGUCUAACACUACCACCUCGUCCUCCAGAUUCUGUGUCAUCAAUGCGGGGGUCCUGUAUAUGUACUUCAGUAGCUUUCAGCAGGUGGACGAGGACGAGUAUGGUGGAAUGUGGGAGCUCACCAAAGAAGGUUUCAUGACAUCCUUUGCAUUAUUCCAGGUACGCACACAAUAGUUUGUUAAACCUCUGUGGAACUGAUGAUGCAGGCAUCAUAUGUACAGUGCAUUCGGAAAGUAUUCAGACCCCUUGACUUUUUCCACAUUUUGUUACGUUACAGCCUUAUUCUAAAAUGGAUUAAAUAUUAUUUUCUCAUCAAUCUACACACGGUACCCCAUAAUAACAAAGUGAAAUGUUUUUUUUUGUUCAUUUGUUGCUAAUUUAUAAAAAUAUAUCAAACGGAUACCUUAUUUACAUAAGUAUUCAAACCCUUUGCUAUGAAACUCGAAAUUCAAAUCAAAUCAAAUCAAUUUUAUUGGCCACAUGCGCCGAAUACAACAGGUGCAGACAUUACAGUGAAAUGCUUACUUACAGCCCUUAACCAACAGUGCAUUUAUUGUUAAUAAAAAAGUAAAAUAAAACAACAACAAAAAAGUGUUGAGAAAAAAGAGCAGAAGUAAAAUAAAAUAACAGUAGGGAGGCUAUAUAUACAGGGGGGUACCGGUGCAGAGUCAAUGUGCGUGGGCACCGGCUAGUAGAGGUAGUUGAAGUAAUAUGUACAUGUGGAAAUUGAGCUCAGGUGCAUCUUGUUUCCAUUGAUCAUCCUUGAGAUGUUUCUACCACUUGAUUGGAGUACACCUGUGGUAAAUUCAAUUGAUUGGACAUGAUUUGGAAAGGCACACACCUGUCUAUAUAAGGUCCCACAGUUGACAGUGCAUGUCAGAGCAAAAACCAAGCCAUGAGGUCGAGACAGGAUUGUGUCGAGGCACAGAUCUGGGGAAGGGUACCAAAACAUUUCUGCAGCAUUGAAGGUCCUCAAGAACACAGUGGCCUCCAUCAUUCUUAAAUGGAAGAAGUUUGGAACCACCAAGACUCUUCCUAGAGAUGGCCGCCCGGCCAAACUAAGCAAUCGGAGAGAAGGGCCUUGGUCAGGGAGGUGACCAUGAAUCCGAUAGUCCCACUGACAGAGCUCCAGAGUUCCUCUGUGCAGAUGGGAGAACCUUCCAGAAAGACAACCAUCUCUGCAGCACUCCACCAGUCAGGCCUUUAUGGUAGAGUGGCCAGAUGGAAGCCACUCCUCAGUAAAAGGCACAUGACAGCCCGCUUGGAGUUUGUCAAAAGGCACCUAAAGGACUCUCAGACCAUGAGAAACAAGAUUCUCUGGUCUGAUGAAACCAAGAUUGAACUCUUUGGCCUGAAUGGCAAGUGUCAGGUCUGGAGGAAACCUGGCACCAUCCCUACGGUGAAGCGUGGUGGUGGCAGCAUCAUGCUGUGGGGAUGUUCUUCAGCGGCAGGGACUGGGAGACUAGUCAGGAUCGAGGGAAAGAUGAACGGAGCAAAGUACAGGGAGAUCCUUGAUGAGAACCUGCUCCAGAGCCCUCAGGACCUCAGACUGGGCUGAAGGUUUACCUUCCAACAGGACAACGACCCUAAGCACACAGCCAAGACAAUGCAGAAGUGGCUUCGGGACAAGUCUCUGAAUGUCCUUCAGUGGCCCAGCCAGAGCCCGGACUUGAACCCGAUCGAACAUCUUUGGAGAGACCUGAAAAUAGCUGUGCAGCGACGCUCCGCAUCCAACCUGACAGAGCUUGAGAGGAUCUGCAGAGAAGAAUGGGAGAAACUCCCCAAAUACAGGUGUGCCAAGCUUGUAGCGUCAUACCCAAGAACACUCGAGGCUGUAAUCGCUGCCAAAGGUGCUUCAACAAAGUACUGAUUAAAGGGUCUGAAUACUUAUGUAAAUGUAAUAUUUCAUUUUAUUUUUUAUUUUAUACAUUUGUAAACAUUUAAAAAAACCUGUUUUUACUUUGUCAUUAUGGGGUAUUGUGUGUAAAUUGAUAAGGAAAAAAACAAUUUAAUCCAUUUUAGAAUAAGGUUGUAACGUAACAAAAUGUGGAAAAAGUCAAUGGGUCUGAAUACUUAACCAAAUGCACUGUAUUUUGUAGUCAGUGGAAAGUUUUUGCAUGCUUUUGUUCCAGGUUAGCAGCAGCACUAACACAUCUGAAAUAACAGCGUUAUGUGAUGCUCUAUUAAGAGUUUGUUUAUUUUGUUUAGUUUCAUGUGAACUUUUUUGCAUGGUUUCGGUACGCUUGUGCGGUUCUAAGAAUUGAACAAAAACACUUUGUUUUCAUAAGUACUGAAAAUAGCCAAUAGUCUCUCAAGAUCUGAAUCAGAUGCUGAUGCCUUAUGUGAAAAUGUCCUUUAUCCAUGGCUAACCCUCUCUGUCUACUUCUAGGUGGUGUGGAUAAUAUUUGACACAGCACUACCUUAUGACUGAAGACCUGAGGGGAAUCCAAUCUAUUGGAGACAAAAUAUGAACAUUUCAGUUGAAGUAAAAAUGUCAAGACAUGAAGCGCAUAGAAACUCCAUGGUUU